GCCGGGAAAACGAACGCAGCAUGGCUUCGGAAUUUGCGAACUGAACGCAGAACCACGUUUAUCUGCUGUUCUGUAAAAAAUGAGCUGCUUGUUUACGUUAGUGUUUUAUUUUUGAUGCAGAUUUUUGGUAAGGAGACAUUACUUUAAGUGACAGCGGUAACAGCCAUUGUCUAUCGUUUUUGAAAUGUCAGCAUGGCUGACAACGUUUAGUUUAACAACUUCUUGUUAAAAACACUUUCCAUAAUGUCUAAGGCGAAGAAGAAGAAAGCACAUUCUGACCCUAAAUCCACAGCUAAAGUUAAGAGGAAGGAGUUUUGGAUAAAACACAACUCGAAAAACAAAUUUCAGAAGAUUUCAGCUCCUCAGAAGCACCAACCUCACCUGCCUACACCUCCAGAGGAGGCUCAGCAGUUCUCCUCUAACUGGAAAGCUCUCCAAGAGAUGCUAAAUGCCAGUAAGCCAGAGAAGAAGCUCCCUGUGUCACCCAAACAGAAUGUCUUUCCAAAGAAAACUUUAAAAAAUAUUCCCAAGACUCCCAGUGAAAAAGACAAUGAGACUAAAGUCAAGCACACAGUUGCUCCUAAAUUUGCCAUUCAAAAGGAAUCAGAGGUGAACUCUGAUGCCUCCAACACUCCGCAGCCAGCUGCUCCUAAAAGGAAACGGGACAAAGGAAAGUCCAACAGCGAGCAGAAAGCCAAGAGGAAUAAACCAGUGGUAGAGGAGAGGAAGCCUACAGAGGACGAUCUUUGGUUCGAUGAUGUAGAUCCUGAUGAUGCUGAGGAGACGUUGGGAGCAGAAGCUGCAGAGAUCCUGAGGAGGAAACAGGGCAAACACCAGAGCAAAGACACAGAGAGCAUGCUGGUGAAGGAGAAGUGUUUUGAGGGCCUCACCAAAAUAGUGGCCAUUGACUGUGAGAUGGUGGGAGUCGGUCCUGAUGGUGAGGACAGCAUCCUGGCUCGAGUUUCCAUCGUGAACAAGUUUGGGAAAUGCAUCUAUGACAAAUUUGUGAAACCAACAGAGAAAGUGACAGACUACAGAACUGCUGUGAGUGGUAUCCGACCAGAGGACAUCAAGGACGGUGAGGAUGUGCAGACUGUGCAGAAGGAAGUCGCAAACAUCCUGCAGGGGAGGAUAGUGGUGGGACAUGCCAUCCACAAUGACCUCAAGAUUCUGUUCCUUGAUCAUCCAAAAAAGAACAUCAGGGACACCCAGAAGUAUAAACCCUUCAGGAAAAUUGUUAAGAGUGGCCGACCAGCGCUGAGAGUCCUCUGCAAAGAAAUCCUCAAUGUCAAGGUCCAGCAGGGUGAACAUUCCUCUGUCCAAGAUGCACAGGCCACCAUGAGGCUGUACACUUUAGUCAGAAAACAGUGGGAGGCAGAAAUUAUAGCGAGGAAGAAAAACAAAGAUCAAGACAAGAAACCCAAACGACAACCCAAGUAGGAGCGAUGCCCGGCGUCUUCUGGGAUUCACAGGAGGACAGAAUGUCUCAUGAAUGGAAAGUCCUAGGAUUUUGUUUUAGGAGAAGAUGACACUUCAGGUGGCCCUUAGGAUUAAAAAUGUUUGGUGGUAUAAAACGUCCCUUUCAUGAUCAAAUGUACGUGUCACAGCAAAAAUACAACUAAACAUCCUGCAAAGACGAGUAAAAAAGAUGUUUAAGUACAGCAUUCCCACAAAGGAAAACACCUCCAGAGAGGGGUGUGUAACAAGGCUAGAUUACUGCUAAUGUAUGUUAAUCUUUAAGCCAGAGUUGUCGAUGUCUUAAAGCUGGCUCUCUUUACGAUGGUUGCAUCACCAUGGUAACCACCUGUUCUGUAGGUUCUGUUCACAGGUUUGCAUUUUUCAUGGGUUUUAAGUGUUGGCUGUUUAUUUCCUUUAACCACUCUUCCGCUGGCUGAUGGAGAUAAGUGCAGCUUAUUUAGUGAUGAUCACUUUUUGUAAUAUGCCACACAGAAAACCAAAUAAAAGGACAUAACUUCUAAAUUCUGCUAAAUAUCCUAAGUUUUAGGAUGUUUCAGUCAAAUAAUAAAUCAUGUAAAUUAUGGCUACACCUCUCAGACAGGAGAGUGUUGCUUUUGUUGAUCAUCAGAGUACUGAACUGAUUUAAUGACCAACCAUUCACAAAAGUCACAUGCUUUAUUGACUUUGAACCUUUCAAUCAUAUAAACCUUUUUCUCCCGUCUCAAAGUUUCCACAAUAACAAAUCUUUGUGAUGUAUAUUUUUGUCACUAUGGUCCAGUUUUAUAAAAAUAAACACAAUGUAGAACUGUCA